AUGGAGCCCUUCCGAUUGAUCCUUGCCAAUAACGGCACCGUGACAGGUGCUCACUCGAUCCCGUCUCCUUUUUCGUCGUCGGUCCACCAUCGGCCGUUAAUCAUAGGCCUCCACGGCGGAUGCUACGACCACCAGUACUUCGAUGCCUUGCCAAGAUAUUCUGCUUCCGUAGCAAGCAAAGCCUUUGGAGUUCCAUUUAUCACGAUUGAUCGUCCCUCUUACGGUGGCACAAGUUGUGUCCUGCCCAUCCCGGAGGGCUCCGACUUCACUCAAGAGAGUGCCAAGCUACUGCACCAUUUCAUUCUUCCUCGACUCUGGACUGAGUUUGGCGCACCAAAUGGCUGCAACUGCAUCGUGCUGUUAUCCCACAGCUUAGGCGUCAUGGUGGGCGUCGCGGUGAGUGCGAUGCAUGCUCAGGAUGGAACCCCUCCAUAUCCUUUCGGUGGGCUUAUCGCAAGCGGCAUGGGCGAUGUCCAGUCAAAGGUCAUGAAGGGCACCAUUCCGUCUUACCCUAAGGUGGAUGAAAACCACGGACUGUGUCCAGUGGGACCAAAGGAUGCCUUAAUGUUCAAGCCCGGCACCUAUGCGCCAGAGAUUUUGCAUGAGAGCGAACGCCUGAACGCGGUUUGCCCUAUCCCAGAGAUCGUCGGGUUCGCAACAGAAUGGAUGCCUGUGUGGAAAGAGAAGUGGGCACCACUUGUAAAGGCACCGGUUAUGUAUUCAUUGGUUGAAGAUGAUCCGUUCUUUGAGGCCGAUGAGAAGGAGAUCGAUCGUUGUGUGCGCGCGUUUACGAAUAGUGUACGUGUGGAUGGAAGCCUACUGCGCAGCGCUCCGCACUGUGUUGAAUUGAGCUUUUGGGCACAGGGAUGGUAUGCUCGAUGCUUUGGAUUCGCAAUGGAAUGUUCUGUUAGCUUUUCUGUCAAGGAAUAG